CAGCUGUUCGCUUGUUUAUGAAUGAACAUGUUCGGCACGGUGUGUCACCGUAAAACGUUUGACGCUUUUGUAAGAUGUACGUGCGGAUUGCGCGUGUCUUCCGUGAAGAUGCACCAGGGCCAUCAUCGAAGACAGACACUGGUUGUUGGUCUCGGUAACUACACUAUGCCAGACACUCGACACAGCGUGGGAAUGACGACAGUGAAUAGAAUAGCCAAUCAGAUGGGGUUGACAUGGCAUAAAGAUAGGAAAUGUUUUGGAGAUGUUGCUGUGACAACUAUUGAUGGUGAUCAUCACCUGAUUUUACUGAAACCAAGGCUAUUCAUGAACGUGAAUGGGUUGAGUAUUGUAAAAUGUGCAAAAAAGUAUGAGUUACAACCCAGUGAUAUUUACCUUAUACACGAUGACUUGGAUCGGUCCUUUGGUAAAUACAGCAUUAAAUUAAAUGGAAGUGCAAGGGGUCACAAUGGAGUGAAGUCAGCGAUGAAUUGUCUUAAGUCUGAUGCUAUGGUUCGUAUGCGAAUCGGAAUCGGCAGGCCGACUACUAAAAACGAAGUUAUAAAUUACGUUCUAUCCCAGUUUACUGGCGAGCAACUAUUAAUAUUGGACGGUAUCAUAGACGGUGUAGUGGAUACACUAUUGCGUCACGUACGACAGAGACAUAGCUUUUCGCCGAUAAUGCCAAUGCGCAAUACCGAGCCAUCGUGAUAGUGAUCAGGGGUAACCAAUUGGUGGGGGUCUGUACAGAAAUGUUAUAUUCGCAUACACCUGACGACAAAUCCAUCCAAUGACACGUGGCGUCUUAUUGGUUAUUGAUACCCCG